CUGGGAACAACCUUCUCUGACUGUUUGUGCUUACUUUUUGCUUUACUAGUAAAGCUUAAAACAUGUCCGAGACCGCUCCCGCGGCGCCUGCUGCCCCUGCACCUGUGGAGAAGACACCUGUGAAGAAGAAGGCGAAGAAGACCGGCGCCGCUGCUGGGAAGCGCAAGGCGUCCGGACCCCCGGUGUCCGAACUCAUCACCAAGGCUGUGGCCGCUUCCAAGGAGCGCAGCGGCGUGUCCCUGGCCGCGCUCAAGAAGGCGCUGGCGGCCGCGGGCUACGAUGUGGAGAAGAACAACAGCCGCAUCAAGCUCGGCCUGAAGAGCCUGGUGAGCAAGGGCAUCCUGGUGCAGACCAAGGGCACCGGCGCCUCCGGCUCCUUCAAACUCAACAAGAAGGUGGCUUCUGGCGAGGCCAAACCCAAGGCCAAGAAGGCCGGCGCGGCCAAGGCCAAGAAGCCCGCGGGAGCAGCAAAGAAGCCCAAGAAGGCGACUGGUGCUGCCACACCCAAAAAGGCGGCCAAGAAGACUCCGAAGAAGGCGAAGAAGCCCGCGGCGGCUGCCGGCGCCAAGAAAGUUUCCAAGAGUCCCAAGAAGGUGAAGGCUGCUAAGCCCAAGAAGGCAGCAAAGAGCCCAGCCAAGGCCAAGGCUCCCAAGGCUAAGGCUCCCAAGCCUAAAGCUUCUAAGCCGAAGGCCACAAAGGCAAAGAAGGCUACCCCUCGCAAGAAGUAGAGUGGUGCGCCCUGCUUUGAAAAUCUCAAACGGCUCUUUUCAGAGCCACCCACAACCUCAUUGAAAAGAGCUGAACCUUUCCUGGUUUUCGCAUUGUAUGUCAGCUGACACUGUAAGUCAGCUCAGGCUAUGUGUUCCGAGGCAGAUCAAUACUGUGCACUUUUGUUGUACUGGGUACAUUCUGGAGCAUCUAAACUUUAGCGAUAGAUUGCAACAUUUUCAGCUCCAGUUUGGUUUCUGGCCGGCAGUAUAUGCCUUGUGUGUGUGCUCCACACACGUGUUUAUAUUCCAAGAGUUUGGCGGGAAGUCUUUUUCUAAUGUCGCUAGGCGUGAUAAGGCAUAGGGGGUUCUCUAGGAAGCCACUCUCAAAAUAGUCGCUACAGGCUGGAGCUUCUGUGUUAAGUUUUUCUUUCCAAUCCGUCUACACACGGUGGUUUUGAGAAUUAACCAAUCAAGCUGUACUUUCAGUCAUGAGCGUUGCACCAAUCAGAGAUUGUGAUAUUAAGAUUUACGUUUACGUACUGGGACGCUGGCGUUAUUUUCUCUGUCCCCGCCCCUUUGUUCCCCUCAGAGCUCUGGAAUUCUGUCCUAAGAAAUUUUAAUUGUGUUUUCCGAGAAACUGAAAGCGCUCCUAUUUUCCCAAAACUUAGCCACCCUCACAGUUUUUAGGCACUGAUCACAUUGUCACUAUUAAUGUGGAAGGUUUUUUAAUACCCUGGUGGUUAGGUUUUAGUAAGGAAAUUGAAUACCACUUACAGUUCUGCACAUUCCUUUCUCAUACAUUGUUCUGAGAGUAUCUGUUCUCCCUUACUUGGUCAGUAGAUCAGUAGUAGGCUGAGGACGUGGAAGAAAAACCAUUUUGGAAGGUUUGGUUUGUAGUUUGACUUCUCAAAUUUGGGCAAACAAAACAAGCACAUAAAAACACAAACCAACCCUAACUAUCCUUCAGGAAGCUGAUCAAAAUUUGGUGGAUGCCAUUUCCAUUUCAUUAUUGAAAGUAUUAAAGUUUGUGUGUGUGUGUAUGUGUGUAUGUAUAUAUAUGUAUUUAUUUAUUGAAAGUGGGAGCCGCCUCUUUUUUCAUCCUGAUGAUGUAAGAAUUCUACAGAUGUUUAAUUGAGCUCCUCAUAGGAAGAAAUUACAUAUUACUUAAAAAAAUAUUUUUAUAGUGUGUGUGUGUGUGUGUGUGUGUGUGUGUGUGUGUAGGUCAGAGGACAACCUGCAACACAGCUGGGGCUUCAGGUCUGGAGGCAGGCAAGCACCUGGUAUAAGCCAUCAAAUCUGAAUCGUCUACAUUUCAAUCUAGCAUUUCAUUAGAGGAGAAUGGGUAAAGGAUCUUGUAGUCUAGCCUCAAGAGCUGCGUUCAAUCCAGGGAUCCAUAUGUUGGAAGAACACAGGCUCCUAAAAGAUGGCUUUUGACCUCCACAGGCCAGUGCUUGUGUAAGUCACCCUCCGCUUGACAUCUAGCCCAGAUAAGGUAAAGCUAUAGUAAUAGGCACUGAAUUACUGAAUUUGAUUUCAUGUAAUUUAAAAAAAUAAUGUAAAGGAUAGGUAAGCUCCUAUUACAUUUUGAAGUGCCUGUGACAUCAGAAUUGUAUGUGUAAUCAGAUGUUUGUAGAAUACUCUUCAGUUAUUGUGUCUCUGAAUGAAGUUCAUGUGUAUGAGUGUUCUUUCUGUCUGCUGAUGGAGUUGAUUAUCUAACGAUGUUAAUGCUCAAUAAAUACACAGGUAAAAUCUGAUCAGACUUACUACUUUUCUCAUCCCCUACACUUUAAGUCCUUAAAGGUCAUUAACUUAAGAAUGUGUGUUAUGUGUGUUUACAUUUACCACAGCCAUUUUCAUUGACUACACAACAAAAAGGAAAUUUUGGGCUGUUGAGCAAGUCUCCAGUAGAACAAAACCUGAUUUAAAUGCUCGAUGCCAUGUUAAUGCCCUUUAAUCUCAGGCAGAUACAGGCUCAUCUUUCUCUUGUUUCCCUCUACUGUGUCAAUAUAUUUGGAAGAAUUUCCAAAAUUUCAUGAACUGAAUUAGAAUAUUGUCUGAUAGUAAUUGGAUUUAGAGAUUUAGAAUAAAUAUAUAAGCAUAUAGUAAAAUGUUUAUGAACACAUGGGAAUAUUCUUCUGACCUUGAACUCUAUGGUCUAAUUUCUUACCAUCUCCCUUAGCUGCUCAAUCAUGCCACUUCAAAUUUAGGGAGUUCAUAAAAUGGAAAAAUGUCAGUAUGUGAAAUGUCAAUAUUACUAUUUGUGGAUGGAUUAAAAAA